GGAGGAGACUGUGGAAAGUUGUGUCCUUGAGGAAUGUUGGACCGUGAAGGAAUAUGUCCACUUCGUGACGGCAGACUGAACUCAUACCGGACAGAUUUGUGACUGUAGUCCGUCUUUGGUUUAUUCUUUCGUCUGUCAAAUACCGAGGUUACCGUUAAACCGAUGAAUUCUGUGGAGGACCGACGCACCGUUAAAGCGGGACACCAGAGGGGAACGGUCAGUGAAUGCAUCACCAAACCCCCCCUCCCAUCUCAAUCCAUGAAUGACCCCCUGGAUGGAGACGUCCAGGCCUUCCUCACCGAUGAAGAGCAGCUCCACACCUACGACGACCUGACCAAGGUCAACCCCGUCACCCCGACCACAGUUCUCCGGUGCCUCCAGGCCCGGUACCGGGUCCACAUGUUCUACACCCACGCCGGCUGCACCCUGGUGGCUCUGAACCCGUUCAGGCCCGUCCCAGACCUGUACUCCCUGGACGUGAUGAAGGAGUACCACCACUGUCCUCAGCCUCAGGAGUCCAAACCACACAUCUUCAUUGUGGCAGAGGAGGCGUACAGGAAUGUCCAGGGUCAGGUGGAGCCGGUUGACCAGUCCCUGGUGGUCAGCGGAGAGAGUGGAGCGGGAAAGACGUGGACAUCUCGCUGUCUGAUGAAAUACUACGCCACCGUUGCGUCCUCGUCGUCCCUGGAGACGAGUCAGAACACGGUGGAGAGGAUCGAGAGGAGGGUCCUGGACUCCAACCCCAUCAUGGAGGCCUUUGGAAACGCCUGCACGCUACGAAACAACAACAGCAGCCGCUUCGGAAAGUACAUCCAACUGCAACUAGACAGGUGUCAGCUGUUGGUUGGAGCUUCAGUCCAGACGUAUCUACUGGAGAAGACCAGAGUGGCCAACCAACCAACCAACGAACGCAACUUUCACAUCUUCUACCAGAUGAUGAAAGGAGCGACAGAUGAACAGAGACUGGAGUGGAUGAUGUCUCCAGGACAGACCUUUCAGUGGCUUCCAAACGCUGACAAAACAGUUGAAGAGGACUGUUUUUCAGACACUCUGGAGGCCAUGGACCAUCUGGGUGUGGAUUCAGACCGACAGAAGCAGAUCUUCACGAUAUUAGCUGGGAUUCUGCAGCUGGGAAAUGUGACUUUUUCUACUUGGACAGACGAGUCUCAGCCAUGUAACCUGACGGAAGAGUCCAAAGACUUCCUGCUCAGAGCUGCUGAGCUGCUGUGUGUCCCGGCCGACGACCUUCAGACCAGUUUGAGGGUCCGAACGCUGAGGGCGGGGAAGCACCAGGUCCUCAAACCCUGUUCCCAGACCGAGUGCAGCGUUCGGAGGGACUGCCUCGCCAAAGUCAUCUACGCAGAGUUGUUCGAGUGGUUGGUGAUGUUCAUCAACAACAGCAUCUGUGCAGAUCAGUCCACCUGGUCCAACUUCAUAGGUGUUCUAGAUGUGUACGGGUUCGAGUGUUUCCAGAUGAACAACCUGGAACAGCUGUGCAUCAACUACGCCAACGAGAAACUGCAGCAGCACUUUGUGGCUCAUUAUCUGAAAGCUCAGCAGGAGGAGUACGUGUCCGAGGGUUUGGAGUGGUCGUUUGUCCGUUACCAGGACAACCAGAGCUGUUUGGACCUCAUGGAGGGCAGCCCCACCAGUGUGUUUUCUCUGCUCAACGAGGAGAGUCGACUGAAUCGAGCCUCAGACGCCAAAACGUUCAGGGUUCGUCUGGAGAAGGAGCUCAGCGAAAAUGCCAACAUCAGCUGGAAUAAAUUCAGCACAGAACCCCAUUUCACUGUGUCCCAUUACGCCGGCAGAGUGGAGUACCAGAUCCACGGCAUGGUGGAGAAGAACAAGGACCCGGUUCCCCCAGAACUCAUCAGUCUCCUUCAGAGUUCCAAAAACCCCCUGAUUCAACACAUCUUUGCAGAAAAGGAUGAUGGGAAACAAACGAGCAAAGGACUCAGUAAAGUCACUGUGGUGUCAAAGUUCAAGAACUCUCUGGAGAACCUGAUGAAGAUCCUUCACUCAACGACGCCUCAUUACACUCGAUGCAUCAAACCAAACCAAGACUGUCAACCACUGACCUUCAGAAAGGACGAGGUGAUCCUGCAGCUUGAGGCCUGUGGCAUUGUAGAGACGAUCCAUAUCAGUGCUGCUGGUUUCCCACUCAGAAUCCCCUUCGACACCUUCCUCCAUCGUUACGGGGUGAUCUGCAGACAUUCUCCCGGUGUUGACUCAGUGGUUAAUGGAAACAAUGAUCUUAAAAAAGAGGUGGAACAUCUCCUCAGAGUCGUUUUCCAACAAAGAGCUGGUCCAUCCCACCACCUGGACAGAGACAAACACAACACACUGGUGCAUUGUGGGAAGACCAAAGUGUUUCUCACCCAGUUCAUGUUGGACUUACUGGAGGAUCAGAGGAGGAGGAUCCUGUCUCAGUGCGCCUUCUCCAUCCAAUGCUGUUGGCUUCGGUUCCAGCGACGCCGACGCCGCGCCAGGCGACAAUCCGCCACUCUGAUCCAAGCAGGUAUUCGGUCUUGGCUGGUCCGGAGGCAGGUCCUCAGGUGAACCCGAGCAGCUGCUGUGAUCCACACCUGGAGGAAGUGGAGGACUCUGCUCAGAUCUUUGGCGGAAGCAGCUGAUGACGCCCAGGACCUGGCAGAGGAGUCGGCGCCGGUUCCCACGCCAAUGGCGAGUGGGCGGGGCUCUGUGCAGCUGUCCAGCCUCCAGGAGCCGGUGCUGCGGGCGUGGCCCCUGGGCCUGGCCCUGGCCUGCCCGUCCAUCACCGUGUCCCUGACGGCGUCCGGCUUCCACAAGAUGGUGUCGGCCAUGGCGUCCCUCAGCCUGCCAUCCAGGAGGGGGAGCUACAAGGUGGAGACCAACCAGUGCACCCGCGAACUGGCCUCCAUCAGAGCCCAGCCCAAGGGGUCGGUGAAGCUGCACUGUCAGCGUUCUCCGCUGCUCUACGCCGACAGACACCCUGACCUGAAGAGUGACAUCACAGGGUUCAACGAGAUCCUCCUGGAGAAGACGCUGGACUGGGGGGUAUGGAAGAGUCAGGAGUCACAUGACACAGGGAUAAGAACCAACACGCAUCCAACACACUGAACAUGUCAUCCAACAUAAUGAACAUGUGCAUCCAACACACUGAACAUGUACAUCCAACAUGCCGCUGCUCAUCAGGUCACCUGACCUGAGGGACAGACCUCAUACUUAGACUAAAGGACAUGUGACUGUGGAUUUGAGCUUGUGUUCCUGUUUUAACUUUAGGACCAGACUUGUUUUUUUUCUGUCAUUUACACACGACUG